UUGAAGUUUAGCGCCACGAAAACGGAGCGAGAGAGCGAAAGAGUGAGAGGGAGUGAGAGGGAGUGAGACACGGAGACACAGACCUGAGGACAACCUGUCUGUCUGUGAUUUGGAGGACAGGAGGACACACAUAGGACCCGCGGACGAUGUUUGAGGACCUGAUUGAAGCCUUCUGUGAUAUUGAGCCUCAGGUAACUCAAGAUGGCGAAGUAUGUCGGAGAGGGCGGAGCCCGGGAGAGGAGGCGGAGUCCAGUCUAAAUGUUGGACAGUUCGUCCUGUGUCAUUGGUCAGAUGGACUCUACUACUUGGGCAAGAUACAGAGGGUGAGCCUUCCCCGGCAGAGCUGCUUCGUCACGUUUGAGGACAACUCCAAGUUCUGGGUCCUCUGUAAGGACAUCCAGCAUGCUGGAGUGCCGGGGGAGGAGCCUCGCUGCUCUGUGUGCCAGGAGGUGGAGCCCGACUCUGACAGCCAAUCAAACCCCAACAACCAGAUCCUCAUCUGUGGGAAGUGUGGCAUCGGUUUCCACCAGCAGUGCCAUGUCCCUCCUGUAGAGGGCGGCAUCAGUCUCAGUCCCUGGUUCUGUCGACGAUGUGUCUUCGCGUUGGCGGUCCGGAAAGGGGGCGCUCUAAAGAAAGGUCCAAUAGCCAAAGCUCUGUCGGCCAUGAAGCAGGUGUUGCUGUACGACCUGGACUCACUGGACUGGGACUCCCAACACCGGACCAAUCAGCAACAGUGUUACUGUUACUGUGGAGGCCCCGGAGAGUGGUACCUGAAGAUGCUGCAGUGCUUCAGGUGUCAGCAGUGGUUCCAUGAAGCCUGCACUCAGUGUCUGCAGGAGACAAUGAUGUUUGGAGAUAGGUUUUACCUCUUCCUGUGUUCGGUGUGUAAUAAAGGAUCCGAGUAUGUCCGUCGUCUUUCUCUGCGGUGGGUCGAUCUGGUUCACCUGGUUCUCUACAACCUGUCGGUCAGCAGCAAGAAGAAAUAUUUUGAGCUGGACGAGAUUCUCGCCUUAGUGUCUGCAAACUGGGACCACUUACAGCUCGCGAAGCUGUCCAACACUCCUCCGUCAGAGAGGGGGCAGCACCUGCUGGACGCUCUGAAUAAAUACAAGAGCAAGUUUCUGUGUGGAAAAGAGAUAAAGAAGAGGAAAUGCAUCUUUCGUCUGAGGACUAGAGUCCCUCCAAACCCCCCAUCCAAACUAUUUCCUGAGCGCGCUCACAAUGACGGAGGGCAAGGCCAUAAGAAAGGCGUGGCCAGGAACAGUGCUUCGGCUGAGAGGAGGAAGAGGAAGUCCAAGUGGCUCCUUGAAGAUGCGAUUCCUAAUAACAAGCUGUCCUGCAGUUGGACGUCCAACCAUCACAUGGCAAACAUUUUUGACUUCACCCUGGACGAACUGCAGAGCCUCAAGAGUGGCUCCAGUAGAUCGGUCAGUAUUGAUCAGGACUCUACUGAUGCCUCCACGUCAGGGUCUGCUACGACCAGCGCCUCCUAUCACUUCAGAAGGCGGCUGGGCAGCAGGAAGAGGAAGUUGCCUAGCAACAGCUACAGUCAGUGGGCCAGUCACAGUGAGGGGGGUGAAGAGCCUUCUGGGAUGCUGGGAGACACAGAAACUAUCAACCACACAGACGCCACCCACUUCCUGUCUGACUCCUCUCAGAUCCCCUCAGACUCCUCCCACCUCCAUUCCUCCAUCUCCUCAUAUUUUGGAGUGGCAGGCCGACUGACCAAUGGGGAGAGGUACCAGGUGUUGGCUCGCCGCGUCACUGCUCAGGGGACGGUACAGUACCUCCUGGAGUGGGAGGGGACCACACCUUAUUAGGGCGUUAAUGAGACGCUUUGAUUCCUUUUCCUCCACGCUCACAGAGAUGUCUGGCUGCUGAUUGGUCCAAAAAUCCCGACCACCUGACCAGGUCUCCUUGUAUUUAAAACUAUUAAUUUCAAUUUAUUACAAAAGUAUUUAAAUCCAGAAUCAAUUAACCCGAUCUGACGAGAUGUCCUCCCACAAACCUCUGUGAGACAACUGUCUCCACAUGUCCCACAAACCUCUGACGUGUCCUUGCUGAGUCGAGUUUGGAGGAAUAAGGAAUCAAAGCUGAUCAGGAGUUUUUCAGUCAGUAUUUAGUGAGAACAACAUUAAGAUAGAGCCAAAGAGACACACACACACACACACACACACACACACACACAUACUCUUGCACUCACUAGUUACAUUCAGUAUUGUUUCUCUUCUUCUUUGACAUGUUAAACAGUCAGAGCUGUUGAGCGCCCCCUAGAUGCCACCCUGCUCCUCCUCCUCUCUCCUCCUGUGUUUGACGAAGAGGAAGAGGAAAGGAGGAGCUCCUCCAUGUUCUCCUGUGUUUGAGGAGGAGCUCCUCCAUGUUCUCCUGCCGUCUCAUGAACAUGGGAGAUAUGGUCUGAAUCUUGAGAUAGAGGUAAGAACUACAACCCCCAAAGUUCUGUGUUUCCAGCUGUUUUCUUGCACUAUUGUCACGUUCAGUAUCUAUGCAAAUAUCGAUCAUCUCCCCCAGCUGAUCACCACAUUGAUCGGUGAUCACUUCAAUUCUAUUUAAAAAAAGAAUCAAUUAAUAUCAUGACGGACAUCAUAUGUUAGCUCCAAGCUAACAUAACCGUUUGGUUUGAAUGAGGAAUGCUAACACUGCGAAGAGUUUUGAUCUUAGACGUUAAAAUGUCACGCUGUCACUUUAACCCUGCAGUUUGUCCUCGCUGCCCUGGUAACCGUGCUCCCCUCCCAUUGGCCCGUUGAUCACAUGACUAUGUUGGCGUAUAUAUUCUGUUGAGCUGACCAAUCAGCUGCCAUCUUUCUCUCAAAUAAAGAACCUGUUGCUUAA